GACCCCCCCCUCGGUCCCCGCCGGAGCUCCCGCACUCCAGCCCCGCCGAUCCCAACCGGCCACCGCGCACACUCCCCCCAGCCCCGCCGCGGCUCCGCCCCCGGGGCCGCCCCAGGUGCCGGCGGUGGGGCGGCUCCCGCCACGCGAGCAGCGGCCGCGGGACCCGCACGACUCGGCCCGGCCCGGCCCGGCCCGGCUCGGCUUAGCUCAGCUCAGCUCAGCUCGGCGUUACCGCUCCUCCGUUUCAGGUUCAACAGAGUGACCACUCUCUUGAUUCAUAUACUCAGAGCAAAGCCUCCAUCUGUCUCAUGGAUUAUAGAUCUAAAUUGAUGGCUUCAGUAACAGAUGCCAGAUACAGGCAGAAAGACACUUCAGAUCAAAAUUUUGAUUACAUGUUCAAACUCCUGAUCAUUGGCAACAGCAGCGUGGGCAAAACAUCCUUCCUCUUCAGAUACGCUGAUGACACUUUCACGCCAGCCUUCGUUAGCACAGUAGGAAUUGACUUCAAAGUGAAAACAGUUUAUAGGAAUGACAAGCGGGUGAAACUUCAGAUUUGGGAUACAGCUGGACAAGAAAGAUACAGAACCAUCACUACAGCCUACUACCGAGGAGCCAUGGGCUUCAUCCUCAUGUAUGAUAUCACCAGUGAAGACUCCUUCAAUGCAGUGCAGGAUUGGGCCACACAAAUCAAGACUUACUCCUGGGACAAUGCACAAGUGAUCCUGGUUGGAAACAAAUGUGACAUGGAGGAUGAAAGAAUUGUUCCUGUGGAGAAGGGGAAACAUCUGGCGGAUCAGCUAGGUUUUGACUAUUUUGAAGCUAGUGCCAAAGAAAACAUCAAUGUAAGGCAGGUGUUUGAGCGUCUCGUGGAUAUAAUCUGUGAAAAGAUGUCGGAGAGUAUAGAAUCAGACCCUUCCAGGGGCACUUCUGGAAGGAGCAUGCGACUCACAGACAACCCACCCCCUUCGCAGCAGAACUGCUCAUGCUAGUGACCUUUCUCACUGAGAAAUGUCCUUUUCCUUUCCUGACUAAAUUUUUUCUUUUCAUUUGUGGUGAUGCAUUAUCAUGUAGUCCAAAGACAGAAGUGUCUGUUGUAGGAAAUUGGUAUGUUUGUUUAAUGUGCUGAAGUGUUAAUAUAUUUCCUCAUCCAAUAAUUUAAAAAAAAAACAACCUAAGUAUUGUAAGUGCACCUAGUGUUAAUGUCAGUUACACUGAAGCAAAAGAAUUGUAUAGCAUUGCAAAUGUUAUUUCCAGAGAGAAUAUUGUGUUUAAUUAGAAAUUCCUCUACUGCAGAAAAAGGGUGUUUUUUUUUUGUCCAGAACAGUAUAAAAACCCACCAGAAGGAACCAGGGCUAAAAGAAAAUGGGGACAAAAAUCUCUUUUAAAGCAAGAGUAUGCUUUUUUUACAUUAAAAAAACCAAACCUAUCCCCAGAUAUUUUGAGUCAUUGUUGCUGUCCUCUAGAUGAUUUUGUGUCAAGGCUCUAAAUGGAGGAAGAGCACAUGGAGGAAGCAAAGCUGGCAGGCAGGGGAGGAGGAGGUGGAGGCCUUGCAGCUGUACCUGCUCUUGGCUGGUGCAACCUUCUCCACCGUCACUGGUGACAGCUUGCAGAGUGCUGGCGGUGUUGAUGUGUUUGGCACCUUGCGAUGCCUAAUCGCUUGUUUCUGGAAGCACAAGAGCUGACUGUCCUGCAGCUUUUCCUCUAUAUCCUGUAGUUUUACCUCUCCAGAUUUGGAUCCACUCUGAUCUACUGCUUGAUGGUGGAUUUGUUGUGGGACAAAGGGAAGGAGGAAUUGGCUGCUGCAUGCUUAGUUGGAGGCAAAAUCUGACAUGUAAGACUUGGAACAGCACUGUCUCAGAAAGAUAAAAAUAUCAGGAACCAAAAUGUGAGUGCUGGCAAAUAUUAUUAGAUUUUCUUACUGCAUUUUGUUUUUGAUUUAUUUUUUCUUAUUUUGUGCUAGAUGGGUGUUUGUGUGUGGGGGUGUUUUUUUCUUCUUUCGGAUUCAACCAUGAAGUAUAAUUUAAAAAAAGAAAGAUUGAUUAAUAAAACAUAACUGCAAAUGAAAAAUGGCAAAGACAUCCUGUUAGAGUUAUUCUAGGGAUGUUUUGUUGCAUCAUUCCUUGAAGGAAGGAAAAAUUUUUAAUAUUUAACUUCUAAAAUAUUCUUAUACUUCCAACAUCUCUAAAAUUACAAAUCUUCUACAUCUCUGUGUGCAUUAGCCACACGCAGAGCUUGUAUUUCUCUGAAAUAUAUGGAGGAGCUGCUUUUGCCAGUUGGUGAAAUCACAUACGCUGUAUGCCUUUGUCAUCACACACUUGUUUCACAUCCCAGCGCCAAAUAGUAAUUGCAAAUUGUGUCUGUAAAUGUAAAUUAGGUGAUACAGAGAGUUUGCUGUCUUAAAGUGAAAAUUCUGAAAAAGUUUUACGGCUUUACGUUAGGCCUAUGAACUCCUGUGACUGAGGAGACUUUCUGAUGUCAGAAACUGGAGUCUCUGCCCGCUGCACUGUAAUUUGCUGGAUCGUGACACAAGCAAAUGCUCCUGUAACUUCAUUCUGUUGUGUCUCAAAGUGUGAUAGUUCUAAGAAAAAAGCACAAUAUUCUGGAGAAAAAUGAAACUACAUUGAUGUAGUUUGGGCUCAUUGUGGUAAAGGCGUGAUCCCUUCCUUUGUGUGUUGCUUUCAGUAACCUUUACUGUGAUGUAUUUUGGGUGUGUGUUAUCUAGUACUGGAAGUGCAAUUUGUGCAGUGCUAGGAAUGUGGUUAUUGUAUCUAAACCCUUGAAACUGCAAAAUAAAGAGAAAUGUAGUCACUGGGUGUA